AUGUUCAACCUUGGUGGUGCUACCUCAUCCACUCCUCAGUCUGCCCCUGCCACCGCGCCGACCUUCUCUCUGGGCGGCAACUCCUCAAAACCAGCCUUCUCACUUGGUGGAAACACAUCACAGACUCCCGCUUCUACUCAACCUGCAUCAGCCACCACAACAUCUGCACCUUCAAUUUUCGGUGCCUCGUCAUCCGCUGCCCCUGCUUCGACGGGCGCAUCAACAUCUGGCUUGUUCGGAGCAAAAAGGAUGAUGCUGCUGACAAGCCUGCCGCGCCUGCUUCAGGUUUGUUUGGCGGUCUGA